CAAGAGACUGGCGCGUGCCCCUCGAGCUCGAAUCAAGACGCACCCCCUUCCACCUCAUGCGCUGUAGCUCGUGGCUCCAGUAUACACCCUUCAGGCUCUCAGGCCCCCGGGUCUCAUAGGGGGCCUCAAUUUUCGUAGGAGGUCUUGGCAGGCUUGGCCGCUACGGAUGAGCGAGCGCCUAGCUGGCUCCUCGAGCGGACACCCACUCUCGUCGCCCAUCCCUCUGGCCUUCGCGAGGCUCUGCCCGUUCUGCUCACGGCCCCCACACGACUUGUAAACAUACCAGCGGCGCUUGGCUUCAGCUCAGAUCCCUCAUCCCGAGCAAUGGGACGCUCGCGGCGCCUCGUCCUCUUGCUAUCGGUCUCCAAAUAUGUUCUGGCGUCGAAUGUCACCAGAGGGUCCGAGAUAGAUCCCAUACUCCAGUAUCGACCUGUCUUCGCCCGUUCGCUCCCUGUCCAGCUCCUCGUGAACGGGAUAGUGCUCACGCUCAUGGCCGUCCUCCUCCUGCAACUCAUCUUCACCGCGCAGUACCACUUCCGCCUCGCACCGGUCAACUACGCAUUCCAGUUUGCCGGCGUGUGCAUGCUCCUCACCAAUGCCAUUGCCUCGCUGCACGUCAUCAUGUCGACCGUCUCCGACGAGAGCAAGACCUGGCCGUACAUGCUCAACUACGUCGCCGUCGACCUCCCACCGUCGGGGAGCGAGGGCUGGUCGACCGCAAUGCUCAUGGGGUGGCUCUUCAUGAUGGCCGCUACGGGGCUGCUCAUCCAGGCCACGCAUAUUCAGUUCCUCGGUCUGCUCUUCCCCUCCAAGCUCGAGAAGCGCCUCAUCUUCUGGCUCCUCGGGCCCCUGGCCGCGACAUCCGCGGUCAUGCAGCUCAUCCGCGUCAUCGACACCUUCGCGGUCGCGCGCACCGCGAUCGCGAUCCAAAACGUGUGCAACGCGACGCUCUCGCUCCUUUUCACCGUCUCCCUCGCGCUCUGGGGGCUCCUCGUGAACCGCAAGAACGCGUGGCGCAUGGACGGCGGCACGGCCGCGUUCGGCGUCGGCGCGCUCAUCCUCGCGGCCAUCUCGACCGUCAUCUCGCUCGUGUACAUCCCCACCCGGUUCGAGUUCUCGUGGAUGAAGCCGCUCAUGUGGAGCGUGAUCCUCUGGCAGAGCUUUUUUGGGUGGUGGUGGUGGGUCGGCGCGGGCAUGGGCGUUGGGGAGCUGGACGAACUGCUGAGCAGGCAGGAGAAGCGGCAGCGCAAGCGCGCGGGGAGGGCGAAAAAGCGUGCACGCGGCGAGCGCGAGGGGACGCUGCUCGGCGGGGUGGCACAUGCGAUGGGGCUCACGCGUAGGAACACGGCGUCGGACCGCACGCCGCCGCCCCCGCCGCCGGAGGUGCAGCCGCAAACUGCGUCGGGCGGGGCGAGGGGCGGGUGGAUCCUGCGGCAUACGAAGGCGUUCUGGAUGUUCCUCCGCCACGAGCACCUCACCGCGGCGCGGGCGCAGGCGGAGGAGUGGGUCGAGCGCGUGAACGAGGUGUACGGGCCCGGCGGGGACCGCGGGUGGGGGUUCGGCCAGUUUGGCGCGGGUGCGCGGCGUGUGGACGCACGCGACGCGGAUGCGGACGUGGAGACGAUCGUGGCGGAGGAAGAGUACGAGAUGGAGGAGAUGGACGGGCGGGAGCACGUCGUGGUCGAGAUGGACGGCGCGGGGAAAGGUGGUGAGGGCGAGGACGAGGGUGAGGGGAGGGACGGACGGAGAAGGGUGCGCAGGAGAGGUAGGCCGCGAGAUGUGGAUGGUGCGCGUGAGCCGGGGAGGGGGGGAGCGCAGGAUCCGGGGCGGCCGCGGUCAAUGUGGUGGUGGGGCCCGUUCCGCCGGUGGCGACUGCAGGACUCGACAGAGUAUUGA